GCCGAAGUCGUUCAGCGGACUGGGAAUACCAAUCCGUCGCAGCCAAAAAAAAAAUGAAAAAAUGCUUGGAUUAUUUGCCAACUGAUCUUUCGAAAGAAGGAAGUGCCGUGCUCGAGACCACCAAAGUGAAGUGCUCGAGAACAAUAAGGGGGACCAAGGGUGGAGCAAAUGGGAGAGAGAGGGGAAUAACUUGACUAUGCCAGAAUUCCUGAAUCCGCCUUUCAGCCAUGGGCUCUGCAUCCUGCAUUGAGCCACAGGCACGUUCACCGCCCUUACGGUAUCGAUCGUUACAUUGUAAUAUGACUGGAUGAGUGUAUGGAUGUCCGUUGCGCUCCCUCGACGCCCAGAAGCGCAUUUGCUAUGGCCAUGGCUACCAUUCCUGGCUGAUUUCUGAUAAUAAUAAUGCCUAAGAGAGUCCAACAUCCAUCAUGGCAGGAGGAUUUCUCAAACUUGAAAUCCUCCUGCCAUUUCCUGAACAACGCAAUUCAAGAAAAGAGUAAAACUGUUGGAGUCUUCUUUCUUUCGUUUUUUUUUUUUCAAGAUGUCAGCAAGUGUAAGGGUUUCCAGCCUCAUUACCUUUAUGCGGAUGAUUGUGAUGCUGGUGAAGGAGGAGGAGGAGGAGGAGGCGGAUGAAGAAGAAGAAGAAGAAGAAGAAGAAGAAGAAGAAGAAGAAGAAGAAGAAGAAGAAGAAGAAGAAGAAGAAGAAGAAGAAGAAGAUGAAAAAGAAGAAGAGAAGAAGAAGAAGUUGAAGAAGAAGAAGGAGGGAGAGGAGGAGUCGAAGCGGGUGGAGAAGUUCAAUGAAGAAGAAGAAGAAGAAGAAGAAGAAGAAGAAGAAGAAGAAGAAGAAGAAGAAGGAGGAGGAGGAGGAGGAGGAGGAGGAGGAGGAGGAGGAGAAGAAGAAGAAGAAGAGGGAGAAAAAGGAAAAGAAGGAGAAGGAGAAGAAGAAGAAGGUGGUGUAUAUAUAUUUCAGUUGUAGAUUUCAAUCCAUGAGGACUUGGUCCUGAUCAGGAGGCAUACUUGAGGAGGUUUCUCCACUUGUCCUUAAGAUC